ACGUGCGUCUCUCAGAAAUGAUUAACGGGUUUAGGGGCAGUGCGUGUGAUUCCGACUUGCGAGUAAUUAUUAGAAGAUUAUUUAAGAGACAGAGAGCCGAGCGGCCCCUGCACAGUUAAAUAUCUGUCGUGUUAAAUCAUAAUGACGAUGGCUUCUAACCCUACAUGUCUGAUUGUGGCGAGUUCUGCAGCUGAGGGUGUGUCUGCUCAGUCCUUCCUUCACUGCUUCAAUCUGUGCAGCUCCACCUUCAACCUGCAGAUCGCCACUCCUGGGGGGAAGCCAAUUGACUUUGUCGAUGUUGACGAGACGAACAUGAGGCUGAUCCAGGACUUCAGAAUGAAAGCCUACGCCGGCCCGGCCAAGCUGGAGUCCAUCGAUGGAGCCCGCUAUCAUGCUCUCCUCAUCCCCAGCUCCCCGGGUGCAAUGUCAGACCUGGCGCACAACGGCUACCUGGCAAAAAUCCUGCAGCACUUCGUCUCAGAGAAGAAGCCCGUGUGCGCAGUGGGUCACGGUGUCUCUGCUCUCUGCAGUGCCGUCACGGAGGAGCGAUCCUGGCUGUUCAGGGGGUACAGCCUCACCGGGCCCUCAGUGUUGGAGCUGGUACGCCGCAGAGACUUUGCAAACCUCCCCAUUUUGGUGGAAGACUUUGUGAAGGACUCGGGGGCGACUUACAGCGCCAGUGAAGUGGACGCGGUGCACGUGGUGCUGGACAGACACCUGGUCACCGGACAGAAUGAUCAGUCCACCAUCGCGGCCGUACAGAACCUCAUCCUGCUCUGCAGCGCCAGGAAGUGACUCUGGGAAGGUGUGACAGGCUGCUGGAAUACUGAAGGGAUCACUAGGCCUCUGUGCCUCUGCACCAGAGUGGGGGGGGGUCUUUCAGUACUACUGGGAGACAGUGACCCCCCCCCCCCCGAAGCAGCUCAAGACUCGUUUACUCCACACUUUAUUGAAACCCGCGGGAUCACAGACAUGUGCUGUGUUUGCCCCACAUCUUUCUUGUCUAUAUUGUAAAUAAAUAAAAAUGUGAAGAAA